AUCACUGAUGUGGAGGAAAACGCACAUCCUGAGAAGCCCCCCGGACUGAGUGACGUGAGGGCCGUUUCUCUCCAUAGGUCGGCCUCUGUCUGUCAAGGGGGGACGAGGAGGAGUCUGACAACCUUGGCUGCACUGCCAGCAGACCACAGAAUGAGGAAAGGCUGAGCAGGACCACGGCCCUCCGGCCCCUUCCUGCAGCUGGCAGGCAGCCUGGGAAGGGACUGCCCACAGGAAGGGUGCAGCCAGGCAGGGCCUCCCGGGCACCCUCCUCCAGGCUGCCCUGGUGACCAGGCAGGGAACCGAGCUGUGUUCUACACACCAGCGCAGUGCCCAGAGCUGAGAGCUGAGCGCUGGGGACCGGAGACAUGAACAAGAUCUUCCCCCAGGCGGAGGUCAAUGGCAAAGCUGCUGCUGGAACCGACGUCCUUCCUGGGGACGAAGGCAAAGGGCAGGGGGCAGUGCCCUGCAGGAUCUCCCCAGCGGGCGCCACGCCCCUCUGCUGCUCUCGCCCAGGCGCCUGCCUCUCGGCCUUCCUGCUGCUCCUGCUGGCAACUCUUGCAGCCCUGAUUGCCUUGGUUACCAUCUUUGGAUCCCCACCACGUACACCAGUGGCCCAGGCCUGUGUGACACUGACAAACAGGACAGGCUUCCUGUGCCAUGACCGGAGGAGCUGCAUCUCGGCCAGCAGUGUCUGUGAUGGCGUCCGCACCUGUCCCCACGGCGAGGACGAGGACGAGACCUUGUGCCGAGAUGUGCCCCAGAGUCUUCCCCAGUUCCUUGUGGCCCGAUGCGGAGACCCAGCCUCCUGGAUCUACUCAGACCAGAGGUGUGAUGGAACCAACCACUGUGGGGACUGCUCGGAUGAACUGAUCCCAGUGACUGCCUGCCCACCCUGCGGCCCCGGGUGGUGGCGCUGCCCCUCGACCCUCUUCAAGUACUGCGGCUGUGUCCCAAGGAGCCUCUGCCGGGACGGCGUGCAGCACUGCUUUGACUGGUCUGAUGAGGACUCCUGCCCGGGCCCCUAGCUGGGCGCCCAGGCCAGAGCAGGAGGCUGGCUGAGUGACACCGAUGAGCCUCCGAAUGAGCAUCCGAUCGAAGAACACGAGGGCAGGAAGGAGCCUAAAGUUCAUCUAGUGAAAUCUAGACACUGUGGUCUCCGAAAAAGACUUGCCCCUCCUGCUUUCAAAAUGUUCAGCCUCUCCUUGAAUCCCUCCAGUGACAGGGAGCUCAUUACCAAAGAUGAGGGGAAACUGCUCCCACGAUUUUAGGCUUGCUUCAGGGGCCACACAGAGGAAAUUUGCUCCUCUGCUCUAAGACAGACUCACAGAUUUUGACCUCGUUACCCCUUGGAAAGACGACAAGUCUGGAGUUCAAACAUUCAGCCGAGGAAUUUA